AUGGUCGAUGGAUAUAACUCAGCUGAUUUACGAGGUACUCUAUGGAACAAGUUAACUGAUUUUGCUAGCUACAAUGGUCUUCCUUGGUGCAUUUUGGGUGACUUCAACGCUUACUUAUACUCUCAUAAAAAAGAAGGUAGUUCUCCGGUCACUUCUGCUGCCCUCUCUGGUCUUCAAGAAUGUAUGCAAGACUCCCAUCUCAUCGACUGCCCUUUUACAGGUUGUUUUUAUACUUGGUCUAACAAACAAGAUGCUGAUUCUAGAAUUGCUUGCAAGCUAGAUACAGUCUUGAUCAAUCUAUCUUGGUUAAGUCGAUUCCCGGACUCCAUCACUGAGUUUCUCAUAAGUGGCAUUUCAAACCACUCCCCUAUGGUUAUCAGUGUUCAUACCGGGAGAGGUAUGGGGACAAAAGAUUACAGAUACUUCAACACUUGGGAUGAAGAACUUGACUUUCUUAGAGUGGUUGAAGAGGCUUGGCACAUCCCUGUACAAGGUAUUCCAAUGUACAUGUUUAUUACAAGACUGAAGAAUGUCAAGCAACAUCUCAUAAAUUGGAGGAAAAGUAGAUUCAAAAAUUAUAGUGCUCAGGUGGAAGCUGCCAAGGACCAUCUUAUCUAUGUUCAACAAUGA